CAGAGAAUAUAAUUCGUCGCUCGCUGCUUGAUCCUGAAGAUGAACUUUUUGCUCAAUACAAGGAUAUGGAGACUUCUCGAAUUAAAAACCAAAAUCAACGCUUUUUCCAACACCCCUCGUUUUAUGAAUUGGAGAAAAAACGCCGUCAAAUGAGUGAAGAACGGUUAAAAAGUUAUUCUCACAACACUCACUCAGCUGUUUUACGACGCACAAAAUCAGGAAAUGAUGUUGAUAUCUUGUCUCAAAAUCAUCGCCGCCUCAUGAGUCAAAAACCCUUUCAUGUCCAUUCUCAUAUUUUGCCAACAGCGAAAUUGCAAAAUUCAAAAUCAACGGAGGAAAGUAAUCCGUGGUAUGAAAACAAUCGAAAACUGAAAGAAGGGUUAAGUAGCUAUUCUUACGGCGAUGCCUACCAAAAUUUCAAAGUGCCUCGUUCAGAAACGACGUUAAAUUGGAACGAUUUUAGACAUGGUUUGAGUUAA